AUGGACAGAUUUAUUCCGAAAAGUAAAUCGAAAUUGUUGUAUCAAUCACACACUUAAUCAAAUUAUAAUGAUGUACUUUAAUUUACUAUUUUAGUUAUUGUAUCAUAUAAAUGAGGAGAAAGUGUUAAAUUUUGGAAAUCAAAAAUAACAGCACAAUUAUCCAAUAUCAUUUUUGGACUAGUUACAUAAUUAAUACAGAUUACCAAUCUAAUAGACUGUAAGAUAAAUAAGUUCAGUUCCUGAGAAAAUAUUAGAUGCUCCAGAUAUUGCAGAUGACUUUUAUCUAAAUAUUUUGGAAUGGGGUAAUAAUAAUGUGUUAUCAGUGGGAUUGUAAAAUAAAGUAUAUUUAUGGAAUGCAUCAAAUUGUAAUAAAAUAUAAAUAAAAAGUAGAGCAUAUAGAAUAACUUUUAUAAGCAACAUCGAAUGUUACUGCAGUUCAUUGGAUAAAUGAUCAUAUUUUAGGAGUAGGAUUUGAUGAUGCAUCUAUUAAGAUAGUUGAUGUUUGUUCGUAACAAACAAUAACAUAGUUAUAUUAUCAUAAUGAGAGAGUAUCAACAAUAAGUAGUAGUUUUGAAUUAUUAUCAACAUCUGGUAGAGAUAAUGUGAUAUUCAAUCAUGAUUUAAGAGAGAAGAAUAAUAAUGUAGUAGGUGUAUUUUAGAAACACACAUAAGAAGUUUGUGGUUUGAAAUGGAAUUCAUCUGGAACUACUUUAAGUAGUGGAGCAAAUGAUAAUUAAUUAUUAUUAUGGGAUAAAAGAUAAAUGUCAUUACGUUUAUCAUGUGAAGGCCAUUGUGCAGCUGUUAAAGCUAUGGCAUGGUGUCCAUGGUUACCUAAUAUUUUAGUAAGUGGAGGAGGAUCUAAUGAUAAAAAUAUUAAAUUUUGGAAUUCUGAUACAGGAUUAUGCUUUAAAAGUAUAGAUACUGGUUCAUAAGUUUGUGCUUUAUAAUUUCUACCUAGAUAUAGAGAACUAAUCUCAUCACAUGGCUUUUCAAAAUUCUAAAUUAGUAUAUGGAAUGCAGAAGUAAUUUAAUAAGCCAAAUUGGUCUAAGAACUUUAAGCUCAUAAAUCAAGAGUAUUACAUUUAGGAAUAUCUCCUGAUUAAUCUAUGCUAUGUUCUGCAGCAGGAGAUGAAACUUUAAUAUUUUGGAGACUAGGCACAGAAUAAAACAAUUAAGAUAAAUAAGAAAUGUGUUCUAGUAAAAACCUAUUUCUCAGAUGA